UCAGUAUCAGUACAAAAAAUUACUACCUACGUUGUGGACCUAAAGUGAGUAAUUGAAGCUAAUUGACUUGCAAUCGAUUCAAUCAUGUACGUAGUUGUAGUAAUUCUCUGCCUAUUAGUGACACAAAAUCAUGUAAAGGCAGAAUCAGAAAUAGACCUUAAAGAUAAAGUUACUGUUGUAACGGGCGCUGCAAGGGGCAUCGGUCGGGCCAUCGCUGACAAUUUACUAAAAGAAGAAGUGGAAGUCGUAAUUAUCGUCGACAAAAACCUAACACAAGGAUUAGUGACAGAAACUGAAUUCAAAUCUAAAUAUGGUGAAGAGAAGGUAUGGUUUAUUCACGGAGAUGUCACUACUGAUUUGGACUGGGUAUUCGAAAUAAUAUUUGAGAAAUAUGAGUACGUUCACAUCCUUGUAAACAAUGCAGGUAUAAUAAAGGAAAGUGACCCGGAGUUAAUUUUAAUGACGAAUAUGGUGGCACCUGCACUGUGGUCACAGAAGUUCUACGAUGUCAUGAGGAAAGACAAAGGGGGCAAAGGAGGGAUAAUUCUAAAUAUAGCAUCUAUCGAAGCCUACGUAAAGGACCCAUUCUUCCGCGCUUACAAAACAUCUAAGUAUGGCGUACUUGGUUUAAGUGUGGGUUUGGGUCACGAGUGGAAUUAUAUGACUAGUGAAGUGAAGGUCAUACCUUUGUGCCCGGGUUUAACCGACACAGAUAUGGCAAGAGAAGAGCUGAAUAGUGGUGAGCCAUCGGAGUGGGAAAUCAUUGCUAAAUACGUAGAUACUAUGACGAUGCAAUCAGCGGAUGUUGUCGGACAGGCCGCUGUGACGUUGUGCAAAACUGGCAAGACUGGCACAGCAUAUACCAUUGAGGCAGACAAAUUAACUGUAUCACCGUACAUCUAUAACGUCACAGCAGAAUUUUUACUUAGUCUGUAAUAAAAAUUGUCUUCAAAUCAUUUGUAUCGAAUUAAAGUAAUAUAAUUGUUAUAAUGUAAUAAAAAUGCAAUAGCUAUUUGAUACUGUUAUCAUUGAAGCAAUUUAUACACAUGACUGACGAGUCAAGAAAUGUACUCGCUUGAUGUUAAGCUCCAGGCCGCCCCUUGAACAGGAGCAACAUUACUCAGAGAUGGUGACAACGAAUUAACUAUAUUGCUUUCGUCACUCUAAUCUUCGUCCAUAUUGGUUAAUUACACCAGAUACUUACUAAUUGUACUUGUAUACUUCGAGGUGUUACUAGAAUCCAAUGUUCCAAACCUUUUAUGUUCGGUGAUAUUCUUUUAAAAAAAUACAUAUUUACCGCACUUUA